GUUUUGUGGAUCCUUUGGCAGUGAGAGGGUCACGGCCACCUCUCUGGCUGAGAAGAGGCACACAGGGGAGGCUGUGCAGAGAGUUAGCGUUGGAAGUGGGCAGAGAACCUGCGAAUUUUGUCUCGUUUGUCAGUGCCGUGCACGGUGCUGGCUGGAAGGAUGGUCCGUCUGGGAGUCCGGCUGGUGCGUCCCUGCAGGAGGCGAGACUGGUGCCUGCUGACUCGGGCAGGACCUGCCCGUCUCCCUCUCUGAGAUCUGCUCCCUUCUCCCGUGCUCUGGGGGAGCCCCGAGUAUUCCAUUCACUUGGGGAUGUUCACCGCUCUUGGCGUUCACCCCUCCGAAGCUGACCGGCGUUUGCAGCCCCGUGCCGGCUUCCCCUGCUGAUCCGGAGCUGCCUCACAUCAGCGGCAGGAUUUGUGCUUUGUGCAGACAUGGACAGUAGCCUUUGAAGAGUGGAAGAGGAAGCAGCCAUCAGUAAGAGGCAGGGGACAGUGCCAUGUGGUGGUUUUUCAUUUACUAGAUAGUCCUACUUUGUUCUUGAUGAGUAAUGGAGGCAUUUGAAUACGCCAGGAUGACAGCAGCAGUCUGGCUCUGGGAGCGUGUCGGCGUGGGCUGGCUGAGGAUGGUGGCAGUCGGGACAGCGGGACCAUGCCGCGCAGCCUUCCCGUCUCCUCUCCGCCGCCUCACAGCUCCUCUGCCGCUCACCUGCUGCCCCGGGCCCCGCGUUCCGUGAGGCCGCCCGGGCCUGAGCCCCGCGCCCCGGACCCCGCCGGGGGCCCGGCCGGGAGCCCCCGGUGAACUCCGCGCCGAUGCGGGCGCGCUCCGUGCGGGGUGCGGACCAUGGCUCACGCAGGGGCCGCCGGCUGCUGCUGCAGGCGCUACUCCCUGCUGUGGAUCGCGCUGCUGCAGAGAUCCCAUCUAAUGCCGAGGCUGAAGGAAUCGCGCUCCCACGAGUCCUUGCUCAGUCCCAGUAGUGCUGUUGAGGCUUUGGAUCUCAGCAUGGAGGAGGAGGUGGUCAUCAAGCCAGUCCACAGCAGCAUCCUGGGACAAGACUUCUGCUUCGAGGUGACAACUUCAUCAGGAAGUAAGUGCUUCUCGUGUCGUUCGGCAGCAGAGCGAGAUAAAUGGAUGGAGAACCUGCGGCGUGCCGUGCACCCCAACAAGGACAACAGCAGAAGGGUAGAGAAUAUGUUAAAAUUAUGGAUUAUUGAAGCCAAGGACCUGCCAGCUAAGAAAAAGUACUUGUGUGAAUUAUGCCUGGAUGACGUUCUUUAUGCACGAACUACCUGCAAAUUGAAAACUGAUAAUGUCUUUUGGGGGGAGCACUUUGAAUUUAAUAACCUCCCAUCCCUCAAAAACAUUACUGUGCACUUAUACAAAGAGACUGACAAGAAGAAGAAGAAGGACAAGACCAACUUCAUCGGGCAGGUGAACAUCCCGGUGAGCUCGGUGACGGGCCGGCAGUUUGUGGAGAAGUGGUACCCGGUGGUGAGCCCCAACCCCGGCAAGGGCAAGGCCCCGGGGCCCAUGAUCCGCAUCAAGUCCCGCUACCAGAGCAUGAGCAUCCUCCCCAUGGAGAUGUACAAGGAGUUUGCUGAGUACAUCACCAACAACUACAUGGUGCUGUGCUCGGUGCUGGAGCCCUCGCUGAGCGUCAAGAACAAGGAGGAGAUGGCGUCGGCGCUGGUGCACAUCCUGCAGAGCACGGGCAAGGCCAAGGAUUUCUUGACUGACCUGAUGAUGUCUGAAGUUGAUCGCUGUGGUGAGAAUGAGCAUCUCAUUUUCAGGGAGAACACACUGGCCACCAAAGCAAUCGAAGAAUACCUGAAGCUGGUGGGACAGAAAUACUUACAAGAUGCCUUAGGGGAGUUCAUCAAGGCACUGUAUGAAUCGGAUGAAAACUGUGAGGUGGAUCCCAGCAAGUGUUCAUCUUCAGACCUCCCUGAACACCAGGGCAACCUGAAGAUGUGCUGCGAGCUGGCCUUCUGCAAGAUCAUCAACUCCUACUGUGUCUUCCCAAGAGAGCUCAAAGAAGUUUUUGCCUCGUGGAGACAAGAGUGCAGCAACCGAGGCCGGCCCGACAUCAGCGAGCGCCUGAUCAGCGCCUCGCUGUUCCUGCGGUUCCUGUGCCCGGCCAUCAUGUCCCCGUCGCUGUUCAGCCUGCUCCAGGAGUACCCCGACGACCGCACCGCGCGCACCCUGACCCUCAUCGCCAAGGUCACGCAGAACCUCGCCAACUUCGCCAAGUUUGGCAGCAAAGAGGAAUACAUGUCCUUUAUGAAUCAGUUCCUGGAACACGAAUGGACAAACAUGCAGAGAUUUCUCCUGGAGAUUUCCAAUCCCGAAACCAUCUCAAACACAGCUGGCUUUGAGGGCUACAUUGACCUGGGCCGGGAACUGUCCACGUUGCACUCACUGCUCUGGGAAGUCAUUUCCCAACUGGAGCAGGGCACUGCCACCAAACUGGGGCCGCUGCCGCGGAUCCUGCGGGACGUGAACGCCGCUCUCAGUAACCCGGCCUGCGUGCAGGUGUCGGUCACGGCCGACCACGCCGCCUCCACGCCCAGUGCUGGCAACAGCAUCUCUGCAGGGCUGCAGAAAAUGGUCAUUGAGAAUGACUUAUCUGGUCUGAUAGAUUUCACACGGUUACCAUCUCCAACCCCUGAAAACAAGGACUUGUUUUUUGUCACAAGGUCUGCUGGGGCCCAGCCCUCGCCUGCCCGAAGCUCCAGUUACUCAGAGGCCAAUGAGCCCGACGUGCAGAUGUCUAAUGGCAGCAAGAGUUUGUCCAUGGUGGACUUGCAGGACAAUCGGCUCUUGGACAGUGGGGCCAACGCGCCCGGCACGGCCGACUCCCUCAAUGACAGUCAGUCGUCCCUGGGGCAGUUGCAGGGCGUAUGGACCACACGGACUCAGCAGAACUGCGUGACGGGCAUGGCCACCGUGCGCCGGGUGGGCCAGACCCCCACCACGCCCAGCGGCGAGAGCGCGCCCGGCCGGCCCCAGCUGCUGGCGCCGCUGUCCUUCCAGAACCCCGUGUACCAGAUGGCCGCCGGGCUGCCGCUGUCCCCCCGCGGCCUGGGCGACUCCGGCUCCGAGUGCCACAGCUCGCUCAGCUCCCACAGCAACAGCGAGGAGCUGACGGCCAACAAGCACGGCUUCGCCGGCCCCGCCGCCGGCGAGGACUUCUCGCGCCGGCCGGGGGAGCUGGCGCGGCGGCAGCUGUCGCUGACCGAGAAGGGCGGGCAGCCCACCAUGCCGCGGCAGAACAGCGCGGGGCCGCAGCGCCGCAUCGACCAGCCGCCCCCGCCGCCGCCGCCCGUCAGCCGCGGCCGCACGCCGCCCUCCCUGCUCAACACGGUGCAGUACCAGCGACCCUCCAGCGGCAGCAUGAUGUCCUCGUCGCCCGACUGGCCCGGCAGCGGGGCGCGGCUCCGGCAGCAGUCCUCCUCCUCCAAGGGUGACAGCCCCGAGAUGAAGCAGCGCACGAUGCACAAACAGGCCCCUUCUCCUGUGAACCCCAAUGCCCUGGACCGCACUGCUGCUUGGCUUUUGAAUAUGAACAUGCAGUUUUUAGAAGAUGAAAGCAUUGACCCAGAUUCCAAGCACAGGGAUAAGCUCAGGAAUAAGGACGAGCUCAGCCAAGCAGAAAAGUACCAGCAGGACCUGGUGGUGCUGCAGGACAAGCUCCGCAUCUCCAACAAGAAGCUGGAGGAAUACGAGACUCGCUUCAAAUGCCAGGAGGAGACCACGCAGAAGCUGGUGCUGGAGUACCAGGCCAGGCUGGAGGAGAGCGAGGAGCGGCUCCGGAGGCAGCAGGAGGACAAGGAGAUCCAGAUGAAGGGCAUCAUCAGCAGACUGAUGUCAGUUGAGGAGGAGUUAAAGAAGGACCACGCUGAAAUGCAGGCUGCUGUGGAUUCCAAGCAGAAGAUUAUUGAUGCACAGGAGAAACGCAUUGCUUCCCUGGAUGCUGCCAACGCACGGCUAAUGAGUGCCCUUACUCAGCUGAAAGAGAGGUACAGCAUGCAGACACGUAAUGGGAUCUCCCCCACAAACCCAACUAAAUUGCAGAUUACAGAGAAUGGAGAAUUCAGAAACAGCAGUAAUUGUUAACGCGCGGAGGGCGCUGCCGCAGGAGAGGCCUGGCCGGAGGGACCGUGCGCAGCGGGCGUGAGCCGCGGCUUCAGAGAACGGCUGCUCCCCGAGCACCAGCUCCUUACUGCGGACGGCGCCGACUGACCCUGCUGGGAGAUGUCCUGCCAGCACUUUGAGGGACGGGAAUGUCGAGUGUGAGAUGAGUGGCAUAAGGAAAUAACAUAUAUUUGAGAAUCGCUGUCACUGUUGGAUUUGAAUCAGUGUUUAAUGUUUAAACAAAAGUAACCUUUUCCUUCUAAACUGCCCAAAGGAUAUGCCUCACCCCUCCCAGCAAGGAGUAACGUCCUUGUCAUUGCAGUAAGCGAAAUGAAGGGAGCUGGGCAGAGCCUGCAGCAGGCAGGGGCCCAGUAAGUCCAGUUCAAGUGUGCUGCUGGAUGUAGCGUCCGAGGGACGGCAGCAAAGCCUGGCCCGCUCCUCCUGUGACUCCCCCUGGAGCACAGCCCUCCCAAAGUGAACCCCAGCCGAGCCCAGCAGCCUUCCUGGUGGCUUUUGUGAGGCCACUGACUUUUCCAGCAUCCACAGGGCAUUGAUGCAGCUAAUUAGUGUUUAAUUAACUCCGCCCAUACAGGGAGCACAGUGCAGAUGGAAGGUCAGGGCGGUGUGGUGGCCAAAGGGGUGCUGUGUGGGGAACCCCGGUGGCAAGGGGGCAGGACUGGUGCUGCUGGGGGUCCCUGGGCAGCCCAGGGGCGCAGAGCAAGGCUCUGGCACAGGAGUGGAGGGAGGAGCUGGCAGCUGGUGAAUGGCAACUCGAUUCCUCUUGACAGCUUCUGCUCUCUCCUAAAUAAAGGGGAAGAGUUUUGUAAGCAAUAGCCCCAGGCACUGUCCCAUGCACACUUCCCACCACAGAAUAAAGUGAAUGUUGCCUGAGCUUGGUCCCUGAGCUGUGAUUGAGGGACAGGGGCUGGAUUUGCUGGUGCCUGUUGUGGUAGAGGGGGAGUGAGGGGCUACGUGGAGUGGCAGCUUCCUGCUUGAUCAAGGGUUCAUUGUGGGGAUGGAAUGCUCUGUGCUGAGAGUUUUACUAUUUCUGGGGAGAAAGACAAAGAAACAAGAAAAAGCCCUGAAGAACCAUGAAGAUCGGUAAUUGUAUUUCUUUUCUUUCACAGUAUGCAUUAGAAAAAAAAAGAUCCCAUUUUCUGGAAUACUGUCCUCUUUAAAUUGGGAAUGAGCACUGCAUGGAAAUUAACCGGCUUGAAGAAUGUAAAACAUGGUCAUAAGGGAGUAACCACCAAGAACAGCAGCCACCACGGAAAGGCCCCUUGUCAGGAGCACUGUGCAGGCAUAAGCCAGGAUUAGACUUUCCCAGCGCCGAAACAGCUUCGGCACAGACACGCUGUGCUCAGCGGAGGGGGCGCCCCUUCACGGGGGUCGUGCCGCUGACCUGCCACCACGCUGUGUUUGUGGGUGUGUGGUUCUUGCAGUUAGUCCUGCACAAGUCCCACUCUCAGAGCAGGUCCCUCGUACCGAGAGCCAGAGGUUUCUCUGAGAUACGGAUGACAGUGUACAGUGUACAGGACAUCUGCCUAUGCUCCCUCUAAAGGUUAACACCCUGCUCAACGCCUGUCCUAGCUCCUCCUGCCAUGUGUAAAUGUACAGCCCAAGGGACUAGGACGCUCCCUGAGCUCUGCUCUGCUUAGGUACCGUCUCCAGCCUCACACUUCCCAGGCUGCUUGAGCAGGACACUUUGCCAGUAAGCUCUGCAUUGCCGUGCUGCCCCACAGCCGUAAGGCUCCUUAACAGCAUUCUUCCUCAUGCAAUCGUUUGCAAAAUUAAAGAUGCUCUUUUUCCUACACGUUUUUCUGGUCCCUGGAAGCCCUGGGCCAAGCCCAGGAGGAGCGAAUGUGUUGCACUGAGGUCUCCACACCCCGCCAACACCUGCCGAGGGGUGCAGCACACAGCAGACCCCACACGGAGCUCCUCAGAGCAAUGACAUAACUCAGUACUUAUGGCAAGUACAGUCACCUUUGAAUUUUGGAGACUAGCACAGAUGGCUUUGAAGAACCUCACAAAUCUGACAAGGUUACAACUGGAGAAAGACCCAGACAGGUUAGGAAUAUACAGGGUACUGUGAACCGUUGGGUACGUAGGUUUAUGCCUGCCACUGUCUCAGAGUCAAAUACAUGAUAAGAACCCUGCAAAAAAGACUAUUUUAAACGCUUUUGCCCUAAGAUGCCUGUUUAGAGCUGAAUUCUAAGUAUUUGUGUUGCGAGAGACUGGAGUUUUUCAAGACAGAAGUGACAUAGAGGAAUGGAAACGCUAACAGGGCACGGGGCGGGCGCCCCACCAGCGACGUUUCCAUUCAUACAUGGAAGUAAUUUUGGGAUGCAGUCAGUGCUCUCCGUAAGAGCUGGAAAAAGAAACACCCACAAACCAAUUGUUUAGUGCUGAAGCUAAGCACAGUACAUCUUAAUCUUCUCCUCAACCACAAGCCAAGGCACUGAUCCCCCCCACCCCGAUCUGUCACAAACUCCUGGUUACCCUCAAACUUGCAAAUUACUGAACACAUUGUUCUGCUGAAAUAGCAGGAAUGCUUAAAUCCUUCCACAGCCAGUUAUUAAAAUCUUAAAAGUUCCAGUGCCAACAUCUUCUGGAGUUGUUGCUUAGUUUCCCGAGCCAGUACAAAAAGAAAUUUAAUCAGGACGGAGUCUUAUUUCAGUAGAGAUUCCCCCGUUUUUCCCUGUUUCCUUUCCCUCAACUGUCAACAACUGGACCUAAGCGUGACCCUCCCCUGAGAAGGUUUGGGGGCAGGUGUUCAGGUCCAGGCUCAGUUGUGUUCCGUUUGUGUUUCUGUUAUUUAUGAGCUGUACAUUUCUCUGUGUGUGUGCGUGUGUGUGUGUGUGAGUGCGGGAGCCCCGCGUGUCCCCUGCCACGGCCCCGGAGCUGGUACCUGGCACAGCAAUACCUGGAUCCCGAGAGGUGCUGCAGCACCAGAGCAAACACCACUGUCCCCAAGGUUCUGUCAUCGGCUCCACUUCCUUUCUGGUUCUUGCGCUUUCUACAGUAAGAGGCUGUUCUAGUGCAAACUCGUCAAAGUGUAAACAAAGCAAAAACACUCCAAUUUUUAUCUUAAUACAAGUCUUAAUAUUUUUUUGUAAAUGUUCUCAGUGUUUACUGUACCGUAUCUAUCUUACUAACAGUUGUAUAUAGUAACUUACUUCUGGUGCUGCUUAUUCGGUCGGGAUUUGGCUGUAGCUCACUGCUGUGUUGGAGAGGUGGGCUCGGGCUGCCAAAUCUGGAUCCAGACCCACGUUCCAAUUCCAGCCUUCUCCCUGGGGGAUCUGAGGGAAGGGAGCAAACCCAUGGAUCCAGAUUUGUGGUGGGCCCACCUCAAAGAUUCUGUUUUAAGAGUUUUGAUUUGGGGUUUUGUUAAACUGUAGUGAAUGCU